CUUGACUCUUCCUUCCUCAACCUCAACUGUACACGGGACACACCGAACACACUUGCCUCUCUCCCUCCUCUCACUCUCACUCACUAGAAAAAGGCCCUAAAAGAACCCCCAAAAACAUCCGCAGCCGCAUAGUCCCAUACGCUCCCGCCUCUCAAAUUCUACUCCCAUUUUCUAUCUCCACCACAAAAUGCAGCUAACUCCAGCGGCCAUGGUGGCCGCUGCAGCGGUGGUUUUUUCCUUGGCACUAAUACUCCUACCUUCCCCAACUGAAGCUCACAACAUUACUAAGAUUUUAGCAGAGUUCCCAGAAUUCUCCACGUUCAACCAUUUCUUAACCACAACCCACCUCGCUAACGACAUUAACAACCGAGAGACCAUCACUGUCUGCGCCGUCGACAAUGCCGGCAUGGCAGAUCUACUCGGCAAACACUUGUCCAUCUUCGCCUUAAAAAAUGUCCUCUCCCUCCACGUCCUUCUCGACUAUUUCGGCGCCAAGAAGCUUCACGAUAUCACCAACGGAACCGCCUUGGCUGCCACCAUGUACCAAGCCACCGGCAGCGCUCCCGGCUCCUCCGGCUUCGUCAACAUUACUGACCUUAAGGGCGGUAAAGUGGGCUUCGGCGCCGUCGACAAUGGCGGAAUCGACGCCACAUUUGUGAAAUCUGUCAAGGAAAUUCCUUACAACAUUUCCGUAAUUCAGAUCAGUAAGAUCUUGCCGUCUCCCGACGCCGAAGCGCCCACUCCUGGGCCCAGCCAGAUGAACAUCACGGGUAUCAUGUCAGCUCACGGCUGUAAAGUUUUCGCCGAGACUUUAUUAGCUUCUCCAGCUGAGCAGACAUUCGACAGCAGUGUUGACGGUGGGUUAACGAUUUUUUGCCCGGGUGACGCUGCAAUGAAGAGCUUUUUACCCAAAUUCAAAAACUUAACGGCGGACGGUAAACAGUCGUUACUCGAGUUUCACGGCGUUCCGAUUUACGAGCCCGAGUCAUCUUUGAAAUCCAAUAACGGCCCUAUUAACACGUUAGCCACUGACGGCGCUAAAAAGUUCGGCCUCGUUGUGCAAAAUGACGGCCAGCAGGUGACGCUGAAGACGCCACUCGUGACGGCGAGGAUAACGUCGACGAUAUUCGAUGAACAGCCGUUGGCUAUAUUUGAGCUGGAUAAGGUCUUGUUGCCCAGGGAGUUGUUCAAGGGUUCUCUGGCUCCGACUCCGGCACCGGCGCCGGCACCGGGACCGGUGGCUGAUGCUCCCGAGCCUUCGAAGAAGCACAAGUCGCCGCCUGCACCGCCUGCCGCAGGUUCUCCUGCAGACGGCCCUGCUGCGGAUCAAACAGCAGCGGACGUUAACGGUGCCGUUAGAUUUGACGGUGGAAGAUUUGCAGCUGUUUGUUUCAGUCUGUGGCUCAUUAUUUUACUUCUCUAAGAUUUUCCCCUUUUCUUUUAUGUUUUUUGACACCUCUUUCUUUCAAAGGGGGUCAAAUAAUUUAAGGGCGUGUUUGGCUAGGGGUAGUAAUUUAUUUGUAUUUAAAUACGUUAGUUUGAGGGUCUUUAUUUAGUAGUAGUAUGAGUGUGCAUUUUGUUAUUUCCACUUUUUUUUAUUUUUUCCUUUUUCGGGUGGGGAUCGUUUGAUGUAUUUUAGUGGUGCCUGAGCGGAGUGAGGAUUUUGCGCGGUGGUCAUGCGGUUAUUGUACUACAAUUCUGGCAUUUGCCAGGUUUUAGUGAAAGAAAAGAUGACACACUCCAAUUCUUUUACA